AUGAAUAUGGUCUACACGGCACAAAGCUUGUCCUGGCUAUGUAAUGAGGUUACUUAUUAUUUGAUUUUGUUGAAUUUCAGGCUUGCUGGGCUUGCUUUUAUGUUUUCGGCUAGUAUUCUGCUACAGAUAUUGGCUUGUGCAAUAUACAAUAAUUGGUGGCCAAUGUUAUCAGCUCUCAUGUAUGUGCUGGUGCCUAUGCCUUGCUUAUUCUUUGGGGGUGGGUCCACUCAGUUUCUGACCAGCAGGGAUGGUGGGGGUUGGAUAGAUGCUGCUAAAUUCCUGACGGGGGCUUCGGCUGUUGGGAGCAUAGCCAUUCCUAUUAUCCUUAGGCAUGCUCAAAUGAUUGAAACAGGGGCUAUGUGGAUUGAGUUCACAUCCUUUGUCAUCUUUGUCUGCACUGUCAUGUGUUUUCACCGCGCUAGCCUAGAAGAUGAGUGUUCCGGUAUGUUCAUAUUCCCAACAACUCCAGCAAAAGAGACAAAGAUUAAAGCAGCACAACAGGAAGACCGUCUGAAAACACAAAUUCUAGAACUAAAGAAUAAAUGCUACAUAUUUUUCGGACUUUUACAAUCCAUGUUUCUAGGAUUGUCUGGUAUCUUAAGUGAUGAAUUUAGCUUAAUUGCUCCCGUGGAAUUAAACCAUGGCAUCAUAAAUGCUCCGCUGGUGUUUUUGUGA